AUGGCAGGCCGGGGCCCAUCGAGGCCUACUGAACAGGAUAUAUUCCGGUAUCGCUACCAGCAUGGAACGAACCUCGGCUCGAUCUUUGUCUUGGAGCGGUGGUUGAAGGGUAGCAUGUUUAUCGAAGGCACGCAGGGCUCUAGCGAACUCGCGGCUGUGAAGCGGUCUCUUCAGACAGUCGGACUCGAAGAAACUCGGGCGAGGUGGGAGGCACAUUGGCUCACUGCUCUGACCGAGGAGGAUUUCUCGUGGCUCAGAGAUGUCGCGAAAUGCAAUUCUAUACGAUUGCCAAUAGGAUAUUUCACUCUAGGCCCGACGUUUUGUACAGGAACCGGCUUCGAUGGCGACCCCGCCAAAGUGUAUCUCCACGCCUGGAGCGCGGCGAAGCACUUGAUUGAGAACUGCUACCAGCACGGCAUCGGUGUUCUGAUCGAUUUGCAUGCCCUCCCCGGCGGCGCAAAUGGUGACAGCCACAGUGGUACGGACGACGGCCAGGCCGCGCUAUGGAACAAUAAAAAAUAUCGAGCACUCGCUCGCGACUGCAUUGCGUUCGUCGCCCAGGAAGUCAUGUUUCAUGCUAUGGCCGGGGUGAUCGGAAUCCAAGUCUGCAACGAGGCCAAGUGGGACGCCCCGGGCAUGUAUGAGUGGUAUGAUGAGGUCUUGGAAGUCACCAGUGCCGUGGAUCCCUCAUUGCCGAUCUACAUCAGCGACGGAUGGAACCUAUCGCGAGCGAUUGACUACGCGAUGGCCAGGAAUAAGAUUCCAAUUUCGAUCCCCCGUAGCCCGGUCGUCGUCGAUACUCACAAAUACUACACCUUCUCAGAGGCCCACAGGUCGAUGAGUCCCGAUGCUCUCAUCGCAGCCGUGAAGAGCGACCUUGCACAGCUGAAUGGGAGGCAAGGCGACGUGUUGAAGCAGAAAGGCGCUAUUGCCGUCUAUAUCGGCGAGUACAGCUGCACAUUGGACACUCGAACCUGGGACAAGGUCAGCCCGUCAGAGCGCCCGCGGCUGACCAAGUCUUUCGGCCAGGAGCAGAGCAGGGUCUGGACAUCCAAGGCUUCCGGCUCGGCCUUUUGGACCCUCAAGAUGGACUGGAUGGAUGGCGGUGACUGGGGGUUCAAGGAACAAGUGAAACAGGGGGCCAUUCUACCACCGCCUUGGCUUGGUCUCCCCCUAGACCGCGUGAUAGCAAUCGCUACCGAUGCAGAAGAUAAACGCUCACAGCUGCAGGAGAAAGCGGUGUCGGAGCAUACCGGCUACUGGGAUCGCACCUCUCCAGGCGUUCAGUUCGAGCAUCACUUGUACGCUCAUGGCUGGGAUAUCGGCUUCAACGACGCAAUGGUGUUCUUCUGCGCCAGGCUCCGUGGUACAGUACCCCCUGGUCAAGGAGAUGGGGGAGAUAAGAUCGGUGCGCUGGAUCUAUGGGUCCGUAAACGCAUCAUCGAGGCGAAUCAACAGGAUGGAAAGUGUGCUUGGGAGUGGGAGCAUGGGUUGAGGCGCGGAGUCCAUGAUUUCUACUCUAUCGUUGGAGUCUGA